AUGCCGAAUAAUACGAAAGUCGAUACACCAGCAAAGAAAGUUUCUACUCAACCAAGUAUACAAAUGAAUAAUACCAUCACUUUAGCUGAUAUUAUGAAGAAAUUGAAAACUAUGGAAGAUUCUCAAAAUAACAAGUACAAAUCAAUCAAUGAUAAACUAAUUAGCUAUGAAAGUAAGAUUAAUAUCAUUAAUAAUUCACUUGAUGGCAUAUUGUCGGCUAUCAGUAUUUUAAGAGACGAAAAUGCAACUCUAAAAGACGAAAUAAGUAGCCUGCACAACAAAAUUACUAUUCUCGAAUCCACGAGUAAUGUUAAUUGUACUUUGUCGUCAGAUGAAGUAAUAAACGAAGCACAAAAUAGAUUAGUCAAAAGUAAAAAUAUUAUGGUAUUUAAUAUCUUAGAAUUGCCAAAUGAAUCAGAUAAUACGACCUCUUUAUCAGUUGCAAAAGAACUGUUGUUAGAUCUUGCGCUUGAUCUUGACAUUAUCCAAGCCAAACGCAUUGGUAAUGCUCGCUCUGGUGGACGGCCUUUACUUUUAAAAUUCAAUGAUGCUAAUGAAUCUAGACUAUUAUUAAGAAAUAAAUCCAAGCUCCGCUCACUUGAAAAAUGGAAAAAUGUAUGGGUAAAUGCCGACCUGACCCAAUAUCAACAAGUACAAAUUAAAUCGUUAAGAAAUAUACUCCAGCAGAAACGCGCAGACGGUGAUUUUAAUUCAAUUAUUAAAUAUGUUAAUGGUGUGCCAAAGAUCGUCUCAAAAAACUAA